AUGCCUCAGGAUAGAUACCAGGAGCGGGCUCCUAUAUUCCCACCGCUGGUGCUGGGCACUACGCAGAGGGCCGUGACACUGCCGACGCAGGGGCAGAAGACGGCGCCGGGGGCUAUGGCCGUCGUCACGGGCUGGGGAGCCACACAAGAAGGUGGCGGUGCGUCGCGGAUACUGCAGAAAGUGGAGCUGCCUAUUGUGAGCAAGGACCGGUGUCGCGGGCUCUACGAUGACCUGCCCGAUCAUCAGAUAUGCGCCGGACACCCCGAGACAGGCGGCAAAGACUCGUGUCAGGGCGACUCGGGAGGGCCCCUCGUUGUAUCGGGGCGCCAGGUGGGGGUGGUGUCGUGGGGGUACGGCUGCGCGCAGCCCAGAUACCCUGGAGUGUACACCGAAGUGGCCGCGUACCGCAGGUGGAUCACCAAGAAGACUGGAAUCUGAACAAGAGUGGCAUAUGGAGCGUGGGGUCUGAAGGCCGACACGAAUAUUUAUUCGAGCUUAGCACAGACCAGAAUUUUGAAAGCUGAAUUUACAAUGAAAGGAAAAUAUUUAUUUUGAGCAUCAGCUGAACAAGGUAUACUGAACUGUUUUAUAAUAAUCUGAAGCCCGAACAUUUGAGUGAAAAUGGGAAGUGUGUGUGUGUGUGUGUGGGGGGGGAUGUUAGUGAGAGACACCCUACUUUAGAAUCUAAAUAAAAAUUUUGUUCUUCUGAAGGCUCCCAGACAGUGCUCGCUAGUCCUUCUGACGGAGGCACUCAUGACGCCAUUUCUUCGUAAAACCAGGCUCUGUUUUUAUUAAAUAAUUUAAGUCUAGGAUUAGGUCUCGAGCUAUGUUAUUAAAAGCAAACUUCUGUGUUGGCAGGGAGUGUGGGGGCUUGUUCACACGGUGUCCCCAUAAAGAAGUCCGCAACGGAUAACCUGUUUUGGGCCGUAAACCUGGUUCAUUCAUUCAAUUAAGCUUGUGUCUAUGUUAGUGGGCGCAUUGUGUUCAUUUUUGGACCACUCCUGAACACACAGUUCAGUGACUAGGUUCAGUUAGUGAGUCAGUUUGUUCAAUGAUGCUUUUGUUUGGAAUUAGAAUUAGAAUUGAUUUACUAAUAUAAAUAUAUAACUAUUACAGUAUUAACGGAUGUCUGAUAAGAAUAUUAUAUUAAAUAGAGCAAAAUAAUUA